CCUGUGAUCCUGAAGCUGUGCCAUCAGUCACUGCCCCCAGCCUGGGCAAGGGGCAGUUGGUGAACCUGCUGCCUCCAGAGCCCCUUCACCUGGUGUGGAUGCAGCCAGGAACUCAAGAUGCUCCAGACCUGCCGCGCACUCUGUUCCCAGGCCGGUCCCCCCUCCAGGGGCUUUCUGCCCCUGAGAUUUGAUGGCGGGGCCUUCCAACUCAAGCACACGAAAGAGCUGACACGGGCCUUGCUGGUUCUCCGGCUGUGUGCCUGGCCCCCGCUAGUCACCCACGGGUUGGCGCUCCAGGCCUGGUCUCAGCGACUCCUGGGCUCCCGGCUCUCAGGAGCGCUUCUCCGAGCAUCCUUCUACGGGCAGUUUGUGGCUGGUGAGACAGCAGAGGAGGUGAGGGACUGCGUGCAGCAGCUGCGGACCCUCGGCCUCCGACCGCUGCUGGCAGUGCCCACUGAGGAGGAGCCGGACUCCGCUGCCAAGACUGGUGAGGCCUGCUACGAGGGGAACCUCGGCGUUAUGCUGCGGUGUGUGGACCUGUCACGGAGCCUCCUGGAGCCCCUCAGCCAGCCCAGCUUCAUGCAGCUGAAGGUGACGGCACUGACCAGCACUCGGCUCUGUAAGGAGCUAUCCUUGUGGGUCAGAAGGCCAGGGGCCUCCUCGGAGCUGAGCCCUGAGAGGCUGGCCGAAGCCAUGGACUCUGGGCAGCCAGACUCCCUGGCGUCACCAGCAGCUCACAUUGAACCGAUGAAUCCGCAUAACAAGACUAGCCUCCAAGUCUCCUGUCUCAAUGCGGAGCAGAACCAGCACCUCCAGGCCUCCCUCAGCCGCUUGCACCGGGUGGCACAGCAUGCCCGGGCCCGGCACGUGCGGCUCCUGGUGGAUGCGGAGUACACCUCACUGAACCCCGCGCUCUCACUGUUUGUGGCUGCCCUGGCCGUGCGCUGGAACAGCCCGGGGGAAGGCGGGCCCUGGGUGUGGAACACCUACCAGGCCUAUCUAAAGGACACACUUGAGCGGCUAGAGCGGGACACAGAGGCGGCGCACAGGGCUGGCCUGGCCUUUGGAGUGAAGCUGGUACGGGGUGCGUAUCUGGAAAAGGAGAGAGCAGUGGCCCGGCUCCAAGGGACCGAAGACCCCACUCAGCUUGACUAUGAGGCCACCAGUCGGAGUUACAGCCGCUGCCUGGAACUGAUGCUGACGCACGUGGCCCGCCAUAGCCCCAUGUGCCACCUCAUGGUGGCUUCCCACAAUGAGGAAUCUGUCCGCCAAGCGACCAAGUGCAUGUGGGAGCUGGGCAUUCCUCUGGAUGGGCCUGUCUGUUUCGGACAACUUCUGGGCAUGUGUGACCACGUCUCUCUGGCACUAGGGCAGGCCGGCUACGCAGUGUAUAAAUCCAUCCCCUAUGGCUCCUUGGAGGAGGUGAUCCCCUACCUGAUCCGGAGGGCCCAGGAAAACCGGAGUGUGCUUCAGGGUGCCCGCAGGGAACAGGAGCUGCUCGCCCAAGAACUGUGGCGACGGCUGCUGCCUGGAUGCCGGAGGGCACCCCACUAGCACCCCUGAGGGGAUCAUGUGGUCAAUAAAGGUUCUUAGGCACUGCCUA